AUAACAUACAUGCAUUUACACAUAUACAACAUACAUACAUACAUAUAUACAUAUAUACAUACGUAUACGUAUAUAUAUAUAAUAUAGAAGAGGAAAUACAAAAUUAUAAUAACAAAUCCAUGCAGUUAAGGAUUUUUGAUAUAAUGAAGAAAAUUGCUCAGGCAUCCUGUUACUGUGGAAGCAGUAUAUUUUAUUUAUAAAUUAUAUAUAUAUAUAUGAAUUUUGACAGACAAGUCCGAUUGCCAUUUGAAAAAACUAAUACAGUGGACUGGUGCCUCUUCCCUCUAUUUUAAUAACGAUCUUCGAUAAUACGUACGAGAAAUUUGUACAAAAAAAUUACUUUAUGAAGUUAUACGGUUCUAUCGUAUAAAACUAUUUUAUUAUUAUUAUUAUUAUAAUUAAUAUUAUUGAUUGUUUUUUUUUCAAAUGUCCACAUUAUUUUGUUUAAAUCAACAAUGAGGAAAGUUUUUUCAAACAAAAGAAAUAAUAAUCAAGUUCAGCUAAUAUUUCAUUUUACAUAAAUAAUGGAAAAGAAAGGAAAAAAAAUUAGGUAUGUUCGCAGUGAGAUUAUGUCACGUAAAAGAGGAGGAAUACGUGACACAUUGGGAAAGAACUAUGGCACCACCUGGAUAUAUUUAUGGUUAUUUAAAAAUUUUAUUCCAAGGUUUAAAUGAUUUUAUUAUAAUUUCUAAAAAGGGCUUACGCGCGAAAUAUCUUGAAAAGAACUUAAAAAAAAAAUAAAACAAAAAAUGAAAAAAGAAAAAGAAAAAAAAAGAAAAAGAAUAUCCUCUGUGCUCGACGUCAAAAGACAUAUAAAGAGAAAUAAAGAAAGAAAAAAAAACAAGGAUUUACGAGCCCAGUCCAAAAACUAGAAAUUAAUUAUUUGUAAUAAAUUAGAUUAGUCCAUUUAUUUGUUAAUAUCUGUUAAAAAAUAAUACGUGUAUUAUACUUUAAUAUAACUAUCGCCUUUCUCUCUCUCUCUUUCUUUUUCUUUCUCUUUGUAAAUAUAGUUUAUAAGAUUUAGAAAUACUAGCUAUUUCAAAUAAAUUCAUGAUACAAUCGAUAAAGCUUUUAUUAAUUUCUGUAGAAAAAAGAAAAAAAAUCAAUCUCGAUAAUGAUUUUAAAAUUUUAAUUGGAAAAAGAAAAAAAGAGAUAUCUUUUAGCAUUAGGCUAUACUACCGAUGAAAUUUAGUUCGAAAAAGAAGUAAAGAUAUAUAAUAAACAAAAAAAAUACAAAUUUAUUCGAUAUAUCCUAUUUUACACAAACCCCAUAAUGUAUCCCCUCUCCCCAGUAAAAAGGAUAGAUUAUAUAGAAAUAUGCUUACGGUUAUCAUAGAAAAUGAAUUUGAACGAUUGGCGCGAACGGAAGGACAUGAAUGCGCUUGCGCUAAAGCGCAAUGAUGUCCAACGGUGGCGCCAGCUGAGAGCGGAGGAAAACGGAAUUGCACGAGACCGGCCGAAGUUCUCAGUCGCGGUCGCCAUUUUGUCGGGUAGUCAUCGGGUUCGUCGUGUUUCUCUCGGCUGCUGUGUUUUUGGUGGACGUAACCGCCGAAAAAUUUGGGGCACAGCAGAUUCGGCCGUUUUCACCCCAAAUGGCUUGCUUGAACACGUUAAAGCAGGAGAUAAAAACCCUCGAGUCCGUCUUCCCAAAGAGCCAUGAAAGAUUUCAAAUAAUGUCUGCGAGCGUGGACGAGCUUAGCUGCAGGUUCGUCGGUAAAAAUGGGAAGAAAUACGAAAUACACGCCAAUAUAACAGAAACGUAUCCCUCCACACCACCGGUAUGGUUUGCAGAGUCCGAAGAGACCAGUGUCACCAAUGCAGUACAGAUUUUAAGCAACACCACUGGUCGCGACAACCAUGUAAUCAACCAAGUUGGAAUCCUCCUUAAAGAAUUGUGUCGGCUUCAUUCUUUACCAGAACCACCCGAUGUGGAACGACUGAGAACAGCAUUGGACCCAUUAAGAUUAGGUGGAGCUAAUGAAGCUAUGGCACAAAGAAUGGAAGCUGAAGAUACUGAAGAUAUUGACGAAGAUGAAGAAAGCGAAGCAGAAGAAGAUCUUCAUUUAGAUAUGGAUGAAGGUGACGCGAAUUCAAAGACCAAGGGGGAAGAAAUGGAUUUAGAGCACCUUGCGACGCUAGAAAGGUUGAGACAGAAUCAGAGACAAGAUUACUUAAAAGGAUCUGUUUGUGGAAGUGUACAAGCAACAGACAGGCUAAUGAAAGAACUGAGAGACAUUUACCGAAGUGACAGCUUUAAGAAAGGAAUGUACAGCAUAGAAUUAGUAAAUGACAGUUUAUACGAAUGGAACAUUAGGUUGAUGUGUGUUGAUCCUGAUUCACCUCUACAUAGCGAUCUCAUCCUUCUUAAAGAAAAGGAAGGCAAAGACAGUAUUCUUCUUAACAUGCUUUUUAAGGAAACUUAUCCAUUCGAACCACCGUUUGUAAGAGUUGUACAUCCCAUCAUAUCGGGUGGAUACGUCCUUGUAGGUGGUGCUAUUUGUAUGGAACUUCUUACGAAACAGGGCUGGAGUUCGGCAUACACGGUAGAAGCGGUAAUAAUGCAAAUUUCUGCGACACUGGUAAAAGGAAAAGCACGCAUACAGUUUCAAGGCUCAGGCGGUGCUGGUAAAGUGUGCGGUGGACAAGGGCAAUACAGUUUGGCUCGUGCGCAACAAUCGUUUAAAUCGCUUGUACAAAUACAUGAAAAGAAUGGUUGGUUUACUCCACCGAAGGAGGAUGGCUAAUGAAUAAAUAUUAUCAAGAAGCAAAAUAUGACGCGUGCUUACAGCUGAGACUUUAAUUCGGUGUGUGCCCAACAAAUAAUUGUUACGAUAAUGAUUUGAUACACAAACACAUUACCUAGGUAACUUAAGAUACUGAAUUAAUCUAACGCAUAAUUCCUUUGAUGGCUGAGAAAAGGCUGCCGCGCAAACGGUGACAUGUUUUGUUCUUUAUGCAUAGAUUUUUCAGUAAUUAGGCAUUUAGAGAUCGUAUAUGACCGCAUUGACGAAUGUGAUUUGUACGAUCUUUUUUCUCUUAUCUGGAAUUUAUAAUUAUUCUUUAAAAAUGCCAAUUGAUCUUCGAAAGUAACGAGAUAAACCUUAGUUUUCGUUGAUGAUACAUACUAUACCAUACCAUACUAUACCAUAUCAUACCAUACCAUACCAUACCAUACCAUACCAUACCAUACCAUACCAUACCAUACCAUACCAUACUAUACCCUACAAUACAAUACAACACACUACAAUACCAUACCAUACCAUACCAUACCAUACCAUACCAUACUACACUAUACCAUACCAUACCAUACCAUAUAACACUAUACUACACACACACUAACACGUAUACACACAUUCACACACACGAACACAGUGCGUGCGUACGAGAAAUAGUGUGUAAACAUUUUGUGAAAUAUGUUUACGUGUUGUGCUUCCUGUCUCCAUAAAGAGAGAAAGAGAGAGAGGGAGAGGGAGAGAGAGAGAGUAUGAAUGGGAGAGGAGGGGAGCAACAGGGAUGAGAAUGGUGGGAGAGUAGGGACGUAACACAAUGAUCAUUGCUCUAAUUAUACUAAGAAAUUUUCCAAUAUAUUUUUAUUAUUGGGAUUGUUUGUUAACUACAUUAAUCGUGCAAUCCAUUAGGAAAAU